GCAAAUACUGCCCCACAAUUAGUGGUUUUUGUGGCCGUAUUCACCCUACCUUAUUGACGUAGGGUUAAGAAUAUUCCAUACCAAUUUGGAACUAAUUUGACUCUAUAAAAAAGUUAUAGCGUACCAUAAUUUUAAGUUGAAAAAUAUGUAAAUUUUUUGGGCGUUUUUCUCGAAUUUGAAGAAGGGGGAAUAUUUUAAGUUUUGGCUCAAUAAACCUUUCAGGUACGAUUUCUGAUCUAUAGAGAAUUGCCAUAUAAAGAAAUCGGUUCAUUGGGUUUAAAAGUCAAAAGAUACCGUGGUACCAAAGAAAAAAAAAGAAAAAUAACAAAAACACAUCAUUGUAAAAACAAGGACCUUCUCAGCUACGAAUCGAAGCUAAAAAAUAAAUAAAACGUAACCUACAUAUUGAUAAAUUGAAGUGAUGUUUAACGCGUUACGAGUUACCACAUUAAUUUUAUCGCCGUUUAUAUAGUAUCACAAUAUUAUUAUGACCUUCGCCCAGUAGACCUGUUUGAUAAAAAAAAAAACAAUAGCCAAUGCGCAAUCACCGAAUGCAAAUGUAAAAAUUAUACUAACCGGUACCCAAGUCAAAUGUUCACUACAGUGUCAUAAAAUAUACAUAUAUACAUUUGGAUCGCAUCGGACACAUCAACCAGACGAAAAAGAUUAUAGUCAUCGUUGCCUGCAUACUAAACUCGCAUUGGUCUUAGUGAUUUGCUGAACAACUAUUAUUCAACAUGCACAAAUAUUUGACCAUAAGAAAAGCGUUAGAUGACUUUGUCCGUCUACAAAUUUGGUCUACGAGAUUUACAAGUUCUACGAGUAAAAUGGCGAGUAAUCCUGUCAGGAAUUGCCCUUGCCUAUUGUAUGCGGGACCUGAACCGUCUAUAGAUGAAGCAAGAGCGACCAUGUCAACAUUUUUCGGAGGAUCUGUGGACUUGGAGAAGGACGAAGUGAACUGUAUUGCCAAAAUCAAACUGAACUAUACUCAGAUUAAGAACGCUAUUAGCGGGAAGAUGAUGGUCGACUUGGAGGGAAUUGUGGACGAGCUGGAACAGUGGGGAAAAUGCAAAGGAGCAUUGCUGCACGGAGCAGAUGGUAAUUUCUGUUCAGGAGGCGACUUGAAUAUGGCGAGGAAGGCAAAUAACCCGGAGUCGGGUUAUGCCAUGUCUACGUACAUGCAUGCAAUUUUGAACAGAUUCCAAAUGUUGCCAUUUAUCACCGUUGCUUAUAUAGACGGCAUAGGUGCUCUGGGUGGUGGUGCCGAACUGAGCACCGCCUGCGAUUACCGACUGAUGUGUGACGACAGAACGACGGUCAUCGGGUUUGUACACGGCCGAAUGGGCUUGGUGCCGGCCUGGGGUGCUACCGGCCGGUUGUUAGCCAUUGUCGGCCGCCAAAAAGCCACGGACUUGCUCUUGGACGCCAAGCCAGUGCCGGCCGAAUACGCCUUGCGAAUAGGUCUGGCGGAUGACACGGUAGCUACACUUUCGGACGCCGUCAACUGGCUGUUACGAAAAGUCGGCAGAAAUCACGUAGACGUGAUUAAAGCCAUCAAGUACACUAGGUCAACAUACGACAAGCAUUGCAAAUGGCAAGAGUGCGCUGGACAAAUGGAACGAAAAAUAUUCGCUCCACUUUGGGGUGGAUCCGCUAACCGCGAAGCCCUUAGUAAGAACAUUAAACAUAACACGUCAUGAAUAAUGUUUUCUUCGUACUUAAUAUAACACAUAAAUCCAGUGCAACUUUUAAUCUAGCUGCAUUAAGGCGGUGCCAACAGACGGCACAAGAUUUUGACUGUCGAUAAAUAACGGUAAUAGGUACUUAGAAAACUAACACCUACUUAAAAAUAACGGCAAAGUAAAAAUUUAACUACAGUUGGGUCAAGGCAGUGUUUAAAUUUAAGAACGGGUAAUGUUUGUCGUUAAAAACUUUCUAGAAUUCCAUUGGCAAAGGGUUUGAGAUCUAUACCGCUGUACACCUUUUAUUUUUAUAGAAAUCAAUUAAUUAUUAUCUACUAGGUUUGUACUAUGUGGUAUAAAAUAAUUAUUUUAAUUAAGUAUGUUUUGAUGUCCUAGUAUACAAAUUUAGUAUUUUUUUUAAAAAAUAAUUAUAACUUUCAACACUAAAAUUUAUUUGCAAUAUUACGUCUAAUUUAUACACUCUAUACAUUUUAGACAACAUUUUUGAACAAAUUAAUUGUCGUUUUGUUUUUAUAAUUAUGUUAAGUUUCUUACGUUAAAAAUGUUUUAAAUAAAUAUGUCUAUGGUACAUGUACUACAUACGAAUAUUAUAUAGUAUAUUAAAAUAUCUUUACUUUGUA